GUCUUCGCAGUACGGCCGUCUGGGACCCUCCACAGACCCGUAGACCCGAAAUAAAAGGACACAUUCGGAAACAUGGGACCAUGUCAGAUGCUCACGUGUCUACUCUUCUCUAUCUCUCACGUUCUUUCCUCCAAAGCCUGGUUGGUAAAUAACUUCCUGUUGACGGGACCUAAGGCAUUCCUGGCCUAUACAAGCAGUGUACAGGCUGGUGCGCAGAAGGGAAUUGAGGAGUGCAAAUAUCAGUUUGCGUGGGACAGGUGGAACUGUCCGGAGAGCGCUCUGCAGCUGUCCACGCAUAACGGGAUCCGAGGAGCAACGAGAGAAACUUCUUUCGUCCACGCAAUCAGUUCUGCGGGGGUGAUGCACACCCUCACCAGGAACUGCAGCAUGGGAGACUUCGCCAGCUGCGGCUGCGACGACUCGAGGAUUGGACAGAUGGGAGGGAAAGGAUGGGUCUGGGGCGGCUGCAGCGAUAACGUGGAUUUUGGGGAAAACAUUUCCAAGCAGUUCUUGGACGCACUUGAGACGGGCCGUGAUGCGCGAGCUGCAGUCAACCUGCAUAAUAACGAGGUUGGGAGACUGGCAAUAAGGGCGACGAUGAAGAGAUCCUGCAAGUGUCACGGUAUCUCCGGCAGCUGCAGCGUCCAGACCUGCUGGCUGCAGCUCGCAAACUUCAGGGAGGUCGGGAACUACCUCAAGGUGAAGCACGUCCAGGCUCUUAAGAUGGAGAUGGACAAGAGGCGAAUACGCACGGGGAACAGCGCAGUGAGCCGUGGAACCAUCGCGAACACCUUCAAGGACAUCGCCCGGACGGAGCUCAUAUACCUGGAGGACUCUCCGGAUUACUGCGUCAAGAACAGCACCCUUGGGCUCCAGGGCACGGAGGGCAGGGAGUGUCUGCAAGGAGGAAAGAACCUGUCCCAGUGGGAGAGACGGAGCUGCCGGAGGCUGUGCCACGAGUGCGGACUAAAGGUGGAGGAAAGACGGACCGAGGCGGUCAACACCUGCAAGUGCAAGUUCUACUGGUGCUGCACGGUGCAGUGCGACGUGUGCACGGAGGUGGUGACCAAGCGCUACUGCGCGCGCAGGACACACGCGGACAAGGGGAGCGCGCGGCGACGACAGCGGCAGCUCAAAAGCUAGUGGUGCAAACACGCGCGAUGAUGAGACUGCAUUGAUUUACACUCUAGUCCCAGUCUUUUAAUGCAACUUCAGGGUUUAAUCGCACGUUUUAACAUUGAUGUGUGACCACCUGUUUUGUUUUUUUUUUUUUUUUUUUUUUUUUUUCCCCCUCCAGCAAACUUUACAAAUUUAUGCAUUUGCACUGUGAAAUAGUUUUUCCCCUGGACAUACGA